AUGCAUACCAUAUUUCGGAUCGACGAAAUUGAAUCGAUCGAUGAUCGACUCUGGCGGGUGAAACUCAGAUCGACCAAUGAAAAUGAUCUAGAAUUGAAACGACUAACCGAACACAUUCGACAAGAAACACAAGGAUCAACAGGUUGGCAUCAAAUGGGUCAAAUGUUAAUCCGAACGGGAGACUUCGAUAAGGCUGAAGAAGUCUAUCAGAUGCUCCUCGAAAACACGUCGAAAGAUAAUAAACAAGAAAUUUCGUACCUAUAUAAUCAGAUUGGAUGUGCCAAAUCUUGGAAAGGCGAUUAUAGUGCGGCACUUGGCUUCAAUGAACAAUCACUCAAAAUUCGAAAAAGGUUUCUUCCAAAGAAUCAUCCGGAUGUGGCUACUGCGCACCACAAAAUCGGUCAAAUAUAUGAUAAAAUGGGAGAAUACUCGAUAGCAUUAAAGUUCUACCACACAACACUUGAAAUUCAACAAAUAUAUCUCCAUCCCGACCAUUCAGACAGGGCUACCAUUUACAACAGUAUCGGUUUGGUGCAUAAAAAUAUGGGAGAAUACCCGAAAGCACUUGAGUUCUAUCAAAAGGACCUUGAAAUCAAACAGACUUUUCUACCUCUAAAUCAUCCAGACUUAGCUACUACCUACAACAGCAUCGGUAUGGUGUGUAAGAAUAUGAAAGAAUACUGGAAAGCACUCGAGUUCUACAGAAAGGCCCAUGAUAUCCGAAAAAAAUGUCUUCCGCCGAAUCAUCCAGAUUUGGCUACCACUUAUGAUAACAUCGGCCAGGUGUAUGAUAGAAUGGGUCAAUACUCGAAGGCAUUCGAGUCUUAUAUAGCUGCCCUCGAAAUUCGAGAAAAAUGUUUGUCUGAAAAUCAUCCCAAUUUGGGUGGUAGCUACAACAAUCUUGGUCUACUGCAUAGUAACAUGGGAAAGUAUGCAGAAGCCUUCGAGUUCUAUAGAAAGGCAGUUGAUAUCAAAGAAAAAGCUCUUCCUCCAAAGCAUAAACAUUUGGCUACUCUUUAUCACAAUAUUGGUCUGUUACACGAGAACAUGGGUGAUAAUUUAACAGCAAUGUCAUUUCAUGAGCGUGCCGUUGAAAUUGGCUUACACUCACUGCCCCCAAAUCAUCCUUCUCGUAGAUUGUAUCAACAACAUCUUACUGAAAUGCAAAGAAAAUUAUAA